GUAUAGUGAGACCUUUGCUCAUCAGUCUUUUAUGGAUUUGGAAACAUUCAACCAAAAAGUACAGUUGACUUUAAAACUUAUCAGUAAACACCAAAUGCAAUAGUUAGCAUAAAUCCAAAUCAAAUCCUUGAAUAAAGUGAUAAUAAAAUAAUUAUAAAGUGUUAAUAAAAGUGAUCAGCACUCAGCAGGCCAGACUGGUUUCCUAAUGAAGGUGAUCUUGAAUCAAACCAAAUUUUACUAGAAACCUCAAGAACAUUACAAAUAUCACCACAUACUACAUUAAUUAGAGCAAGGUCAUGUGUAAAACUGUUCAACCAAAGGUGGCUGCAGACAUCAAGUUGGUGAAUUAUGCAAAAGGAUGGACAAAAGGAAAGCUGCUCUUUUUCCUUUAGUUUUCUUUUUCAGCAUGAAGACCUGUAGGUGAUUUUUUACAAGCAGAGUUGCAAUGUCUUCCCAUUGUUAACUUAUCCAACCCAGUCUGUGGGAUUUGCUUGACUGGAAGAAAAUGUAAUUCUAAAUUCAUUUGACCACUUGUUUUUUUUUUCCAGUUUUCCAUUCUUGCUUAUUACAAAGUUUCACUUGACUGAGUUAUGAGCUGCUUGCCCAGACUGGGCCUUUGUUCUGGCCUACACUCCAGAAGAAACUGGAAAAACCUGUUUACGUAAUCCUUUUUUUUUUUUUUUUUAAAUCUUCCUCUCUCAUUGGCAGCUGCAGCUUGUAUGCAUGUAGACAAGGUGGUGCCUACCUUUCAUGUACAAGGUUGUCUUACAAAAACUGAAGUUGCUUUCUUCACUGUCGUAGAGCUUUUCUAGGCUCCUGAAGGCUUUGGCAGAUGCUCUAGGAGUUAAACUUUUUUUGUUCUCCAUGGGAUGAGCUAAAGUCGUCACUUUACUUUUCUUCAAGCAAAGGGAGGGUGUUUGAGUGUGGCUCUGAUCCAGCCUUUUGAAUAAUAUUUUGUAGACUCCACACAGGAGCUCUGCAGAAACCGCUCCUGUUCUGCAAUGUUUUUGGAGACAGAAAGCUUGUCUUUUUUACAGCAGCUGCACAGGCUGUAGCGUUAAACAAGAUCUUUCACACAGGACAAACACUGAGGCAGCAAAUUAGUGCAAAACGUGGAGAAGUUGGGAAGAAAUUUUUCUUUCCCUCUCCUCCCUUUUUCCAUCGCUUUGUGCUGUUGUUGUGACAAAAAUGGGUCAACUGUGUGGACGAUGCCUGCAGCUGCUGCAGGAUUUUGUGGCCGUGGUUCAGAGGACAUCCACAGAGCUGCUGCAUGGCAUUAAGGAGUGCUUAAUUCUGAUAAGCAACUGCUCUUGCCUAAAACAAAACACCUCUAAAGGCAGGCAGCUGUACAAGCCCAUCCUGCAGCCUCACGAGAGGGUGACAGCACAAGAGUUUCUGCAGCACAUCGAAACAGGUUUUGAAAUGUCACCGCUUGGAAAGGACCCCCUGGAAGCCUUGAGGACUUUAGCCUUUUCAGACAACCCAGGGUUACAGCAGUCUGCAGCUCUCUACUAUUUGCAUAUGAGUCAGCACAUGAACGUCCCCCUGCCUGUGGAGCACCUGGAACCCUUCUAUGCCUUACUGCGGUCUGGUGACCUGGAGGUGCAACAGAUGUCGUCCUUGUCCCUUGUCAACUUUUUGCUGGAAGGAAACAUUGACAAAGAACUGAUUGUCCAAAUGGGUUUACUUGAGCCAAUUCUGGAGCUGCUUGAGUCAGGGGAUCCCACUGUCCAGUGUAAUUCCUGUGCCUGCACCAUGACUUUGGCCAUCUCAGAGUCCAACCGGGAGGCUAUUGCUGCUGCUCAAGGAGUUACACCCCUGCUGACUCUUGCCAAUUCCUAUGAUCCUAGAGUCCAACAAAAUGCAGUUGGUGCUAUUCUCAACCUCACACAAUCAGAGAAGAUCCAACAGGUCCUAUGCAAAGAAGGUGCCCUCCCAGUUCUCACUUUGCUGCUGGAGUCUCCUGACUCAGAAGUGCAGUAUUACAGCUGUACUGCUUUGAGCAACGUGGCAGCCAAUGCGCAGCACCACCCAGCCAUGCUGAGAACAGGCGACAGAUACCUGCUGCGGGUGCUCGUCUCGCUCCUGUCGUCUUCUGUGGACAAGGUUUCCAGCCAGGCAUGUGUUUGCCUAAGAAAUUUGGCCACUAGCGCGGAUACUCAGGUUGAGAUCGUUGCUCACAACGUCCUGCCCAAGCUGCUUUCCCUCCUGGCAUCUGGCAAUAAGGACGUCCGGCGCGCCGCCAUCGCACUGCUCUGGAUACUGUCCCAGCACCCACGCAACCAGGAUGCUCUGGCAUGUGCAGAGCUACUGCAGAGCCUGGGGACGCUACUGUCAGCGCAUAAAACAGACCCCGUCAUUGCUGGCCAUAGUGCCUGUAUCGUCCAAAACCUGAGUCUUUCCAAAAACAGGCAGAGAAUUGUUGAGAGCUCAUGUGUCGAAGGUCUCCUCCAGACCAUGCUUUCUACUGACAUUCGAGAAGACUCUCUUCAUUACGUGACGUCUUGCCUUGCUGAGCUGGCAAAGCAAGAAGGAGCCACGUUACACAUGGUUCAGUGGAUGGAUGAGCCCUUGACAAAGUGCUUGGUGAGACUGGCUGGCCAACUGGAACAUACUGAGCCAUCCUUUCAAGCUGGCUCCAUCAUCCAGCACAUGCUAGGUCACGAAAAGAUGAUGCUUUUGUUGAAAUGUCACAUCAAAGAGACUCAGGCCUACCUCAAGAAUUUCCUCACCCACCAAGAGAUUCGCUUUCAACAGCUGGGCAUUUCUACGUUCUGCAGAUUGCAAGAAGAUCCAGAGUUUUCUUUAGCAUUCAGGAAAAACCAAAUGACCAAACUCCUUGAACAGGUCCGUCAACAAACAGAAGAAACUCAAGAGCUCCUUAGGGCAGCUAUUUGCCAAGCAGACAGUUAAUAUUUAAGCCAGAUGGUUUACAAAAACCUAGCAGAUCCAAGAUCCUUAACCUUCAGAGGAGACAAUUCUUUCCAUUGG